GAAAUUAUAGUAAUCUGGACUUUGUGAAAUCAUGAGUACUUCAGCGACAGGAAGCCCUAACAUGGAGGUGAAGGUGGUUUCCCAGGAGAUGGCGUUGCUUAGCAACAUAUUGGCAGCUUACACCUUUAUUGCAGACCAGCCGGAGAGGACGGCUCUGGUGUUCCUCGGAGGGGUCAGCGUGGGUCUUCUGGUCACCCUGUGCGCCAUCGUCUUCCAGAUACACUGUCGAGCAGACUGUCACUAUGGCAACACUAACGACCUUCAGCAUCGCCACAAGGUUGGACAUCACCACCGCCAGCACAUCUGUGCCCACCAUCAGCCCAGCGACGGUAAUGCAGACCCCUCUUCUGCUCUGGUCGUGGCCUCUAGAGGGACCGGGGUCUCCGUGGCCUCUGGGGCCUCCGGGGCCAAUGAGCCGGAGGUCUGGGACGACGCAGCUGACCUGUCGGCACAGAGACGCCGACGCUUCGAGAGAGCUCUGCUCCACGCCAACAUGUUCACAUCCUCUGAAGAACUGGACCGGGCCCAGAGGCUAGAAGAACGUGAACGGAUUCUCCGAGAGAUCUGGAUGAACGGACAACCAGACAUCAGCACCGUCACUCAGAGUCUCAACAGAUAUUACUGAUGACGUGCAGACGGACUGACAGAAAA